AUGGCAGCUCAAGUCAUACCGGAGCUGCAAAGCCUCAACCUGAAAACGGAAGGUGGGGCUCUUCCGCAAGAACUAGCACCAUCAGGUGCACCCGAGAAUGAAGAUGGAGAUUCGGAGGAUGAUAAUGGGGAUGACCAGGGAGCGGAUGAAUCGAGGACUAUAGAAGUUUUAGCCGCAAAGAAGAAGAAGAAAAAGAAGCCAAAGAAGAAGAAGAAGGACACCCAAAAGGCGCAAACGGAGCCUCCCCGUGUCAUUCUGUCAGCCUUAUUCCCCAACAAUGAGUAUCCUGUCGGCGAACUUGUUGAGUACAAAGAUGAGAAUGCCUACCGGACGACCAAUGAGGAGAAAAGAUAUUUGGACCGUAUGAACAAUGAUUUCCUCUCCGAAUACCGCUAUGCAGCAGAAGUGCACAAGCAGGUGCGCCAAUAUGCGCAAAAAACCAUCAAGCCAGGCCAGACUUUGACGGAAAUCGCCGAGGGAAUCGAGGAUAGUGUGCGCGCACUCACGGGUCAUGACGGUUUAACAGAGGGUGAUAAUCUGUUGGGCGGAAUUGCAUUUCCUACCGGUGUUAACCUAAACAAUUGUGCGGCACAUUACUCUCCCAAUGCGGGCAACAAGAUGGUACUGCAAUACGAAGAUGUAAUGAAAGUUGAUUUUGGCGUUCACAUGAAUGGUAGAAUUGUGGAUAGCGCUUUUACUAUCGCGUUUGACCCGGUUUAUGAUAAUCUAUUGGCUGCUGUCAAGGAUGCAACAAAUACUGGAAUUAGGGAAGCUGGUAUCGACGUCCGCAUGAGUGAUAUUGGAGCUGCGAUUCAGGAAGCCAUGGAAAGCUACGAAGUCGAGAUCAAAGGAACCACAUAUCCCGUCAAGGCCAUUCGAAACCUUAACGGUCAUACGAUUGGCCAAUUCGAGAUCCAUGGCGGCAAGAAUGGUAAAAGCGUUCCGAUUGUCAAGGGAGGUGAUCAGUCUAAGAUGGAAGAGGGCGAAGUUUAUGCCAUUGAAACCUUUGGCAGCACUGGGCGGGGAUACGUGAGAGACGAUAUGGAAACCUCCCAUUAUGCGAAGGUUCCUGACGCACCCAAUGUCCCACUCCGCCUGUCGUCUGCGAAGAAUCUUUUGAACGUCAUCACGAAGAAUUUCGGCACUCUGCCUUUCUGUCGACGGUAUCUGGACCGACUUCGGCAAGAUAAAUACCUUCUUGGGCUAAAUAACCUGGUUGCGAAUGGACUCGUGGACGCAUAUCCACCACUUUGUGACAUAAAGGGAUCGUACACCGCCCAAUUUGAGCACACUAUCCUCCUUCGGCCAAACAUCAAAGAGGUCAUAAGUCGGGGGGAUGAUUACUAGCCAUUUGUCAUUUUAUUUUAUCACAUAUUCGCCUUGAUGUUUUGCAGAAAUAUACCUGGUUUAUUCAUGACAAUGUAGCAGCAAUCUGGAAAUAGAGCCAUGAAUUUUAUUUUGUUUUUCUUUUUCUCGCUCUCUUGUUCGAAUAUUUGAA